AUGCUCAAACUAAGCAACAUCUUGGAGUGUCAAAAGAAUGGCAAGGAUACUAGCUGGUGGAAUCCAGAAAUAGAUACUAUUUUGAAGGGGAAAAAACGUCUCUUUAAACAAUGGCAGUGCAGCAAAACACCAGAAGAUAGAGAAAGGUGCAAGCUUGAGUAUGCUAUAGCCAAGAAAGCGGCAAAAAGAGUGGUGGCACAGGUGAAGGCGCUUUCAAACGAGAACUUCUAUGCAAAGAUUGAGACAACUAAAGAAGCUCAAAAAAUAUUCAAAAUUGCCAAACAGAGACAUUACAACUGUCAGGAUAUUAACAUGGUUAAAUUUAUAAAAAAUGAGGAAGGUCAACUUCUCACUGAUGAUGAGGUCAUAGAGAAAAGAUGGAAGGAAUACUAUAGUCAGCUCCUUAAUGAAACAUUUCCAAGUGAAGAACUGCAGCCAGCUCAGCCAACAAUCGGGCCAAUUCCAUCUGUAACCUUGGAAGAGGUUGGUCUGGCUCUCCAGGAAAUGAGUAACAACAAAGCCACAGAACCAGAUGGAAUUCCAGUGGAAGUGUGGAAGAAGUUGGAUAGGAUGGGAUUGCUUUAA